ACUCGAGAGGAAAUAGGAAUUAUUCUAGCACAAAAUAUUUAGGGCUUUGUCUGUCCAGUCCAUGGAAUCGCAUCACGCUUCGCUGGGGCGCCGCAAGCUGGAGGAGAUCCGGCAAAAGAAAGCGUCGGAGAAGAAUUCCGCGAAGCAAUCGGAGCUAAUUCCAUCAGGCCUGGAUCAGGAUGUCGAGGGUCUCAAACAAGAGCUAGAAACAACUCAAAACGAACGAAAUGCGCUGCAAAGGCAAUUGGACGAGAAGAUCGAGAAAAUACAAGUUCUUGUCCGGGACCUUCAAACUUUUCAAGCUUCAGCCAGUAACGAUGCAAAGCUUGUUUCGGAGCUGAAGCAGUCUGUAAAAAACCUUACUGUUGAUAGAGAUGCCGCCAUUACAUCCAAGGAAGAUGUUACAGCUCAGCUGCGUCUCGCAAGAAAAAGACUCCAAGAAGCCGAGAACGAGCAGUACAAGGCUGAAGAAGAUGCUGCUGUUUUGAGAGCAGAGCUCAAGCAAUUGCAACAGCAGAUGGAGCACUCAGCCAGCUCUCAGUCUUUCCAUGCAACAAUGCUUACAGACCAAUAUGCGAUCAGCGACCAAGAGCACAAGGCCGUCAAAGAGGAGCUCCAUGAUGCGCUUUUCCAGCUUCAAAACAAUCGGCAACUGUUGGCCAUGGAGCAGCAAAAGAUUGCUCAACUUCUUGCUGAGAAAAAAGAGCUCGAAGCUGCUCUUGCGUCAUCCCGGAACAAUGAAGCCGAAGCAAAGCGAGCACUUGCGAAUGCUGCAAGCACUACCGAACAACAAUUCACGAGUAACAAAUGGAGGUCCAAGGUGGACAGAGGGAAAUACGAGCAACACCUUCGUGAGCUUGCCUCUAUGGUUGAACGACUUGAAAAUGGCCGGCAGAAGCUGCUCGCAGAGAUUGACCGGCAGUCCCUGGAGAUUGAAAAGCUCUUCAUGGAAAACGAAGGUCUAGUGAGUGGGUUAAACGAAACCUCGGAGAUUGCAGCACAAUGGGAACGCCAGCUUCGUGAGUGCGCUAAACAGAACACAGAGCUACGAAACAAGUUGCAAGCGCAUCAAACAUUAUCCCAACCAGAGGAUUUGGUCAAGGAGGAGGAUUUGUCAUCGACAGAAAUACCAAAACUUAAGAUGGAUUUAACAAAAGCAUUGGGCGAAAGAGACCAGCUGGCUUUGGAGUUGGCGAGUGUCAGGAUCACCUUGAAUGGAUUCAACAGACUAUAUAAUCCGGUGCUCUCCAGCCUGGAGACGAGGCUUGUACAAAUCAAACAAAACUCCGCGCAGCAAAUCGAUCCUUUUAAGUACACGCACAAUGAAAGAUCGAGGGCAUUAGGGCUUUUCAUCUUGUGGUGGUCGAGUUUUGAAGUACAAUGCGGCAGCGCGCUGGAAGUUUUUGCGCUCUCGAUCGCAGCAAUCGUGGCCGUAUUCCGUGCUGGGCAGCUCCAUUUUCGAGGUAGGGAUCUGAAUUGCUAGGCUCUCGGGAAGAAGAUGAGCUAAACUCUUGGCCGGGAGGAUCUUCUAGAGAUUCCAGUGCUCUUGAGUGAUGAAGUGGGUCUCCUGGAGAGAGACGGCAAGGAGGAAAUAGAUCAGUGGAGCACAAUGGGAUCGAGCAGAGCGUAGUAUAAUUCAUGUUUAGUGGGGAUGGAAGUCAUGGCGGAUCGGUAGCGGUUCAAAUAGAAGGCUUUCGCUACAAUGGCAAGGGACUCAAGAGAAAAGUGUCCGAGGUGCAGGGCACUGUUUUGACAGUGUCCGAGGAGGAAGAGGAUUGCGAGUCCGAGGUUCUGGGGGGAGCUUAUGGGAACUUGCAAGAGAUCUUGGCAAGAAAGGAGAGGAACAAGAAGAAGAAGAAGAAGCAGGGAUUGGACGAGGGAUUUCCUUGCGAAUCAAACUUUGUAGCUGUGGAUGAAGAAGUCAGCACGACGACAUCCUUGGAGACCGAGGAUCAGCGGCGCUGGCAGGAGCAGCAGCAGGGGAAGCAAGAGGAGUGGAUCUUCGCGCGGCGGAUUGGGAGGGUGGACGAGGAAGAAGUGAGCAGCGGUGACGAGUUUAUGGAGUUUUGCGAGGAAGAAGAUGGGGUAAAGAUCGUCGCCAGUGAUGAUGCCAAUGGCGAUGACGAAGAAGAUCGUGACAAACCCGGCUCGACUUACAUCCUCUCGUCUGGGCGACAGACAUCCCAAGUUGAGAAGAAGAUCCCCACCAUUGACGACGAGUUUGAGGAGUACUUUCGCCAACUCAUGCUUUGAUAUAAACAAGAAAAGUUCCAGUGAGAACAUUAAACCCUAAUGGAAUAUUCUACGGAUUUGA